CUACAAUUGUUAUUGUCUCAUCUGAUUUACAUAAACGCGGUUUAAAACAAAGUUAUGAAUAUAUUGAAAAUUUAAAUGCAGGAAAUUACGGCGGCAUGGCUGUUUAUUCUCAAACGAAAUUAUUUAAUCUUUUAUUUGCCAAUUAUCUGUUAAAGUCCUAUUUACCAAAACACUACGAUAAAUACAGAAUAAAAGUGGCGACUCUUCAUCCUGGUUUUAUACCAACAACGGAACUGUCACGUCAAAUCCAAAAUCGGUUUUUGCGUAUUGUGAUGCAACGAAUUUUACCAAUAUUGCCGAUAACAACAACAGUUGAAGAUGGUGCACGUCGUAUAUAUAAAGCAGCGACGGAUCCGGAAUCAAACGGACGAUAUAUUGGAAAUGGAAAUAUUUAUGUGGAAGAACAUGUGACUGCUAGAGAUCAAACAUUAGCAAAACAAUUGUGGGACAGAUCAUGUGAGUUAUUAGAUAGACAAGAUUGGAUUUCCUGA